ACAUACUACUGUAUUUAAUAGAAUCCCUUCAAAUCUCCAGAUUAGACCAUGGCUUUUAAACUACCGCUCCGGGAAGACUUUGAAAGUUGGACAACUUCACAAGUUGCAGAUCUUUUUAAGCAGUUUGGAUUACAUGAAUGUACAGAAGUGCUGGAGAAAUUGGGAUUAAAUGGUUACAGCUUUUUGAACAUGACAGAUCAUGAGCUGAAUAAGUUUAACAUACUUUACCAACCGCAGAUCCAGAAAAUUGUCAAUGAUUUAAAGAAAAACGAAACUGGGUUAUUUAAGAAGAUCAAGAAGUUCCAAAAUGAUCAUGUGGCGUUAAUUUGUAAAACUGGGAAAGAUACAUGGGAUCGUAUAACAAACAAGGCAGCUCCACCGAGUGUCCCAAAAAGAGACUACCAGACAGGUCUGGCAAAUGGGGAGGAUGAUGAAUGGUUCAACGAUUUUGAAAGUGACUAUGACAGCCCAGAUGAGCAUUCUGAUAAUGAAACCUAUGUGGUCCCUUCAGACGAUGAAAACUAUGAACCUCCACCGAACGACAAUCAUGUGUUGCCAUCAUCCUUUAAGACCGUGGCGGGAAACAAUGGAUAUGCAGAUAAACAAGCACCAGAAUCAAUGAAGAUGCACAUGAGGCCAGCACCCAGAUCACAUGAGCCAUUUCCAAAGCACCAGCAACCUUUACCUCCUGUUUCCAGUCGACCUCCUACAGCAAGUAAACCCUUCCCUAAGCCAAUGCCUUCUCCUAGACAUCAGCCACCACCAAUGAUGAGAAUGCCAGCAAACAUACCACAACCACAACUGGACUGUGAAGACGAGGAAAACUACAUUGUACCAGAACCAGAACCGGAGCCCCACAAGGAGACAGUAAAAAAUCCUCCAGUAGUGAACAGACACAUCAAACCCAUGCCCCCAACCCCUAGAAGGUCUCCCACUCAGCAACCUCCUGAACCUCAAGAUCAAGACCUGUAUCUUGUCCCUGAGAAUGAGCCAUCUCCAUCUCCUCCUAAAAGGGGAUCGCAACCUAAAAUAAUUCCUCCAUCAAAUGAGAAUCAGGAUGAAUAUGAAGUAUGUGAUGAUUUUAUCAUCCCAGAACCACCCACAAAACCCAAGCCAUCACCUUCACCAAGAAAUGUAAGGCCUAAACCACCUCCACACCUUGCACAGAAACCGAGAAUGAUUCCAGUGUUACCCCAAAGGGAUGUUAAUAGCAAUAUUGACAAGCCCCAUGUUAUGCAACGCCAAAGAAUACACAGUGCUGGGAGUGAUCCUCCCCCAGUGCCUUCAGUAUUACAUAAGGUUCCAGUUCCUUUACCUAAACCUAAUGUAAUACCUAUGCAAAAACUUCCUGAGGCUGCAACACGUUACACAUCUGGAUCAAAUCGUCAUGGCAGUGCAGUGGAACAGGAUGCUGAUGUCCUUAAUAAAGAAUGGUAUGUUUCAUCAUGUAACCGGCGCACAGCAGAAGAAGCUCUGACAAGCACAGCCAAGGACGGAUCUUUCCUAGUAAGAAAAAGCAGUGGACAAGACUCCCAGCAGCCAUUCACCCUCGUAGUAUUUUACAAUAGGCGAGUGUAUAAUAUUCCAGUGCGAUAUAUUGAAGCUACACGGCAGUAUGCUCUGGGGAGAGAGAAAAGUGGAGAAGAGAAAUUUCAUAGUGUGGCAGAAAUCAUUGACAAUCACCGUCAAACUCCUCUUGUGCUUAUUGACAGCCAAAACAAUACAAAAGACGCAACAAAGUUAAAACAGGCUGUAAGAAUCCCUUAAGCUAUUUACAGAACUGUCACGUCACAGUGAAAAUGAACAAUAAAAGCAACAAAGGAUUUAUUUGUGGAACUGGAAAUAAAUCGGUCACUUUGUGUGUACAUAUAAAUAUAUAUAUAUUUUCCCAUGGUGAGCAGACAGCUCAUACCAUCUUGAUUCCUGUACAUACUUUUUAUAACAUACUAAUUUUGUGUGCACAAUAAAUCUGAUUUAAAGCAA